GCCAAAGGCCCGUUAGGUCAAAUUACCUAAAACCCAUUAUACAAACACGCAAGGCGCCACGCUUCGCUCCUUUCCCUUGUUUUACUUUACAUACGAAACUUUAACAAAGUACUCGUACGUCAAAAUACGAUCCCUCUAAAUCUUAUAACGUUACAUUUACGACUGACAAUACACGAUACUCCUAGGAGUAUAAAUUAUUCCUCACGUUCUCAUUCUUUUGUAAUCCUAAAAGAAAUGAAAAGUAAAACACAUUUCAUAGCUUGACUCGACCAUUUUAGAUGCAUGCUCGGCAAUCUUCUCUUGAAUUUUAAUUCCUACCAACUCACUCAGGCACAUAACUUUUAUUUAGUACUGUUCUCGAGUGAACAAUAUAGUUUUCUUAUUUAAAAUAAAAUGUCUGCAAUGCAGACAGUUCCGUGAAAUGAAAGAAACUAAUUUAAGUGUACGAGAGCAUUUCAGCACCGGACUCACCGAAUACCAAGACAACAGAACGUGGCCCGCUCUCACGAAUAAAUCUUCUUAAUGCUUUAUGGAUUCAGUAAAGCGUUUAGAUUAUUAUCAAUAACUAUUCAGGGGUAACAUUGAGGAUUAUGUCGAUCGCGUGCUCCUACCAAAGUGCUACGGAUUUCAUAAAUAUGUGAUUCCGAACGCGAUAAGAGGUAAUGAAAAUUGGAAAUUGCCGUGUAAAUUUAUAUAUAGUCCACAACCACAUGUUUGAUAACAAUUCAAAUGUAUUUUUUCCUGAGGUUUCGACUGAGCACCGCUGAUAAUGUCGAGCCUCAUGAUACUUUUUCUAGAUGUGAUUACAUUUUUACAGCUCUGAUAGCAGUAAUUGGACGAUUAAAAAUAGUGGAAAGCGCGCCAUUACAAGUCUUAGAUAUAAAUAACAUUUUAGAACUUCUUAAGCAAGAAAAUCUUGCAGGGGAUGCCAAACGACCACAUAAACAAAAAUCUGACUCGGAUUCCGAUGGUUUGUUUGAUGAAAUAGUUGACUAUUUGGAUGAUAGGGCUGAUAGUAAUAAGUUUGAUAAUCACAACGAAAGACUGAGAAAACAAAGAAUAAUUGAUUUGAUAGAAUCAGUGGCCAAUCAGAAGAAAAGUAAAACUAGGAAUAAUAAGAAACGUAUUAAUCGAAAGGAAAAAGCCAAUCGUGAUCUGAACACUUAUGAAAGUCGUAAUGAUAAUCGAGAAAAUCUUGAGGGAGAUGUUUUACAAAACCUUGUUAUUGAGCAACUGCUUUCUAGAGGGUUGAAAGAAGAAGAAAUCAAAGCAAAAAGUAAAGACUACAUAUUAAAUAGAAUCCAACCUGACCGUGAAGCAUUUACUUUGAAAGGGGACAAACUUAAAAGAAAGCAUAAAAAUAAGAAACCCACUCGUUUAGAAGAUUAUUCAAAAAUUGUUGUAGUUUUCAAUCCAGAAGCAGUUCGAAAGAGGAAGAAUAAAAAUUCGAUAAAUGAUCUAGUUUCGAAGAUACUAUCCGUAUCAUCAGCAACAUCAGAAAACGGUCAGAAAGCUAAAAGGAAACCAUUUCAAUACGAAAGAUUUGAUGUAAAUGAGGACCGUGUGCAAAGAAGAUACAGCCAAUCUAAAGAAAGGCAUGCUCGACGGGAUUCUAUGGCUGAGGAAUAUAAUCAGAAAAGGUCAAUUCGAAAUGGCGGCGUUGCAGCCGGACGUACUGCGAUACCUUACAUUAAACAUAGAGGAGACAUUUACGAGAGAGAAGAAUAAAUCAACAUUUAGUUCUAUAACGAAUUAAAUAAAACAUAUUUUUAUGUACCGUAUAUUAUAUGAACUAAUUUCUAUUGCAGCUCAUCUGUUUUUGUAGAAAAUAAAGUAAUAUAGCCUGUAGAA